CCCGAAAUCGGCAACAUGCUUCCAAAUGGAGCACCCAUAAUCAUCACACACCCUGUUUCUGGAUUUGAAGAAGACGAAGCUAAAGCGCGACCAAUUAAGGUGGUGCGCUAUCAGAUGACAUCGAACCAUCCGCCAUCAGUUUUUUACUGGAUAAUGAUCGUGUUUGGAAUCGGAGCACUGAUGCUGACGCUAUACGCAUCUGUCAUCUUUUUCCGCGUAAUGCGGUCUGCAGCAUAUAGACGAAUCUCGACCUUUACGGACAAUGAAGUUGCUGAUGCCCCUGGAAGACGUCCAGCAGCAGCGGGGGCAGCAGGCCCCAUCCCUGUUAAGAAAGUACCCAUAGAUGGAUGGGUUGAACAUAGUGAACCAGCUGGCGUGCCACCUCCGGCCUAUGAUCAGGCUGAUGCUCCUGGAAGACGUCCAGCAGCAGCGGGGGCAGCAGGCCCCAUCCCUGUUAAGAAAGCUGAUGCUCCUGGAAGACGUCCAGCAGCAGCGGGGGCAGCAGGCCCCAUCCCUGUUAAGAAGGUACCCAUAGAUGGAUGGGUUGAACAUAGUGAACCAGCUGGCGUGCCACCUCCGGCCUAUGAUCAGGUUUCGAUUCAUUCUAUCCACAAGGAGAAGGUGUCCGAUUCAGCUCAGCAGCCUCUCAGCGAAGCGGAAACAAGUUCUCCAAGUCCGGCCAAUGAGCAGAAGUAA